UCAAAGGAUACAAUAGCCAUGUAAUGAUCUCAGCCGUACUCGAAUGGAUACAUGCUGAGCUCAACGACCAGGAAUGGCAUCUCCCAAGAGUUCCCCUUCAUCUCCUAGCAGGCGUAAACCGGGUGCCAACGGUGCCAAGUCGCCAGUUCGGAAGAAUCAAGGUCCAAAGCAGACCCUCACCGCUGCCACUGAGCUGAUACCGGAAGGGGAUGACAGAUGGGCUCCACCGGCAUGGGUACAAACAGUGCUGCUAGCCCACAACGAAAAGCGGGCUGCGCAUUGGACGCCACCCUUGGUGUGGAGUCAAGAGUGCUACGAGCACGCCAGGAUGCAAGCACAGGCAUGUGAAGCAGCUGAGCGGCGUUUGACCAAGAACUUCAUCGAGAGUUUGAGUGGUCGACACGGGCAGAACUUGCUUGGGCCUUCAAGGACGGCGCCAUGGAUAUGCCCAAAAAAUAUGAGCAAGCCAAUAUUUCAUAUCCCGCCCUUAUCCCACCUUCAAAUGCUUUCUGAAAGUGUGACAAAGGAUCCAGGGAGUGAGGAAGGGUUUGACUGUCUCGUGGUCUUCAAAGUGCACGCCUGUUGA